AUGAAAUAUAUUUUGUUAUUGUUGACCAUUGGAGUAUUCCAAGUAAGCGCAGUAAAUUGGGCUUUAUUAGUAUCAGGCUCAAAUGCAUUCUACAACUAUAGACAUCAAGCUGAUGUAUGCCAUUCAUACAAAACAUUAAUAAGAAAUGGUUAUUCUCCAGAGAACGUGAUUGUUUUUGCAUAUGAUGAUAUAGCUCAAAACAGAUAAAACAUCUACAGAGGAGCUAUCUAUAAUUAACCAAAUAAAGAUGGAUUUUCAGAUAAUGUGUAUGAUGGUUGCGUUAUAGAUUAUUCAAAAACUGAUGUUAAUCCAUUGAAUUUCCUGAAUGUAUUGAAAGGAAAUUAUGAUCACUUGCCUGACGGUCACAAAUUUAUUAAUUCUACAAGAGAAGACAAUAUAUUUGUUUAUUUUUCUGAUCAUGGAUCACCAGGUUUAAUAGCUUUUCCAACUUCAUACCUUUAUGAAUAAGAAUUAAUGGAGACAUUCUAAUAUAUGUAUGAGAAUGAUAAAUAUAACAAACUUGUAUUCUAUUUGGAAACCUGUGAAUCUGGUUCGAUGUUUGUGAAUCUACCAAAUAAUCAUAGAAUUUAUGCAUUAUCAGCUGCUAAUCCAUAUGAAUCAUCUUGGGGUACAUAUUGUCCACCUGAUGAUGUUGUUAAUGGAAAAAGUCUUGGAACAUGUUUAGGAGAUGAAUUUUCUGUUACUUUCUUAGAAAAUGUUGAUCUUGGUGAUUUUUCAUAGACUCUAUAAGAACAUUUUGAAUUUAUUAGAGAAAAUACCUUAAAAUCUAAUGUUAUGCAAUGGGGUGAUGUUUCAUUUGCUAGUGAUUCAAUUAAAGAGUUUUUCUGGGGAUAAAAGUUCCUUGAAAAAAGAAAAAUGUGCCUUAAAGAUACUUUUUUUAUGAAUGAUGAAGUAUUUAAUUUAUUUUAAAAUAUAGAAUGUUUCAAAAUGGGAUUCAAGAGAUAAUAAAUUAUUAUUCUAUUAAAAUAGAUUUAAUUAAACUGGUGAUUUAGAAGACUUUAUUGAAUUAGAAAAAGAAAUUAAAUCUAGAGCAUACUUUGACACUAUUGUAAAUAUUUAAAUUUAUUUUAUCUAGUUUGGUGAAUUACAAUAAUCUUUAAAAUUGACUGGAGAUUAUCAUUUUGCCUUAAACUAAAACUGUCUAAAAUCAGUAAUUGAAACAUUUGAAGAUAAAUGUACCAAGUUGACUGAUUAUGGUCUUAAAUAUGUUAAAUUAUUUGGAGAAAUGUGUGAUAGCACUAACUUACACCAAAUUCAAUUAAAUAUGAUAGUAUCAACUUUAUGUAUGACAGAAUGAUAUAUCUAUAUUAAUAAUAAAAUA